AUGUGUGCGCAAAGACAUAAAGAAUCCACCGGAAGAAUUUCUUAUUUUUUUGGUUUAAUUUUAAUCGCUGUCGUUGGUGGAUUAUACGGAAUUAUCUAUGCUAUAGAUCACACUUUACCAACACCUUUAGAAUUAUCUGAUGAGGUUGAUAACCCAGAAGCAUUUAUUGCAGAAAGAGCUAGAAAUUAUUUAAAAGAUUUAAUUAAAAUUGGCCCAAGAGUUACUGGUCAUGAAAAUAAUGAAAUAUUAGCGGUGGAAUAUUUAAUAAAAACGAUUAAUAAUAUAAUCGACAAUAAACACAUAAAUCAAAAAAUUACAUAUGAUGCUGAUGAAUAUUCCGGAUCAUUUUUCUUAGAUUUUAAACCAAACGGUGCCAUAAACGUUUAUAAAAACAUACAAAAUGUGGUCGUAAAAAUUCAUUCAAAAAAUGAUUCUGCUCAUAGUGUUCUAAUUAAUACUCAUUUUGAUACAGUUCCAAACAGCCCGGGUGGGAGUGAUGAUGGUAUAAAUGUUGCUAUAGCUUUAGAAAUAAUUAAUAAAUUAUCGAAAUUGGAAGAUAAACCGACACAUAACAUUGUAUUUUUAUUUAACGGUGCAGAAGAAGCCGCUCUCUGCGGUUCUCAUGCUUUUAUAACUCAACAUUAUCUGGCUAAAGAAAUUAGUGUUUUUAUUAAUUUAGAAGCAACGGGAGCAGGUGGCAAAGAAAUAUUAUUUCAAACAGGACCAAACGAGCCUUGGCUGUUAAAGUACUAUGAUGUUCCACACCCGCACGCAAAUGCUGGAGCGGAAGAAGUUUUUCAAAGUAAUAUUAUUCCUUCGGAUACGGAUUUUAGAAUUUUUAGAGAUUAUGGUGAUAUUGUUGGAUAUGACUUUGCUUAUUAUAAAGAUGGAUACAGAUAUCACACAAAGUAUGAUUUGGAAGAAAAUAUAGAUUUUAGAACUUUUCAACACACCGGUGAUAAUAUUUUGCAUUUGGUGAAAAACUUGGCGGAAGCAGAUGAGUUGACAGAUCCAAAAACGGAAGGUGGAAAAACGGUUUUCUAUGAUGUUUUUGGCCUUUUUUUUCUUAAUUAUAGCAUGGAAGCAAAUGUGAUUUUCAAUAGUCUUUUGGCGUUAUUAUCAAUAACUUUACUUAUAUGGGCUUGUGUGAACGUACAAUUAGGAAAUCUAAAAGUGAGUCUUCUAUACAUCACGAUGCUAGGUUUCGUAAUUUUACUUGGUUGGUUCUUGGCUACUGGGAUUGUUUUAAUCGUAGCCGUCAUUUUGGAUGCAACAAAUAGAUCUAUGUCUUGGUACAGUUCACCGGGAAUCAUUUUUCCUUUAUACGUCGCCCCCACAUUUGGUUCCAUGUUAAUAACUACCAUUAUAUCAAAUAAAGUUAUCAGACACGAACAAGUAAUAGUAGUAAAUUUGAAUUUAAAUCACGAGACUGAAGACGAAAUAGUUGAAGAUGUAACUAGAGAAGAGGAUAGCAUGGAGGAACAAUUUGAAGAAGAAGGUCAGAGGUUGGAACAAACUAGAAGGGGGAGAGAUGUUAGAAAACCUAAUGGAUGGAAGAUUAUGACACUAGCUUUUAUACUGAAGUAG